AUGGCUCACGCAGCAACAUUGAGUGCAUUGACUGAGGAGCUUAUCCAACUUAUCAUAGCUGAGACGUCUCCAGAGAAAUCCAGAGCUUUGAAAGACACAAGUCUCCAUAGUCUGCGCCAUCACAAUUACCUGCGUACCAACCAAUUUGACGUUGAGAACCAGUUCAACGGACUCGAGGAGAGAUUCCGAGUCCUCGGUCGAGAUGGGUUGGCCGAUGCGCUCAGAGACAACUUAGAUGCACUGCCUAACCUUUCAAACAAGUUUACCCCCGACGCUUUGCAUUUUCUGCUCGAGUUGGCGGAUCAGCCUGUGCAGAAGACAAAGCUGGAAACCCUGGAGCUUCUGCGACAAACUGACUGUGAUCCCACCCUUGGUCUCGAAUGGGAAGAGACUGCCGAUGACGAUGAUUUGGACACUGAUCCUAGUCUCUGGCGCAGCGUCGAUUUCAGAGAUGAUAGCUCCGAAGACACAUCUCUUGAGAACCAGUCAAAUGCGUCACUGGGAUCAGAGGAUACAUCACUUUCCAGCACUCAACCUCAGCAUUCUCGGCGGCCUGCUGACUUGGUCGUUGAGACUCAAGACAUUCUGAGACUCGAUCAGGUACGUGAUAGCCAAUCAUGGAGACCUACCUCUUCAGACCUCCCGCUCGAGGAAAGUGAUAAAACAAUCAUAUCAGAGCUUCAGGCGGUGCGGGAGGUUUUGUUCAUGCUCAGGGGUCUUCCAAACGAUCUCUUCAACUCGGAUUAUAGACCUGCAGUGAGAUGCAAGUUGCAGCACGCCUCGUGGAAAUCAUUUCAGGUGUUGUUGAACGCAUUAGGCGAGUCUGGCAGGGACAUCUAUGUCUUGAGGAGGUUUGUCCAGAAGGACCAGCAAAUACCAUUGCUACAGGUAUUCCGCAAUGCUGUACAGGAGCGGUUGCGACAACUCGACAACAGAAUCUCUGCAAUCGAGAUCUCACUUGUAGAUAUCACUGUGGAUACUGUGGUCAGCCUUGUCAAGGUAGCUGAACAGCUAAGAACACAUCUGCAAGCACUUCGCUCACUGUCCCGCGUUGUUCGACAACUCGAGAGGGAGAAUUAUCCGCACGCUUUCCGCUAUCUCGAAUUGCUUUUUGACUCAGCCGGCAUUGCUCAACUCGAGGGCGACGAUGUUCUCUACAAGUUUCUCGGCACCGUGUUCUUCCAAUGUUUCGAGGUUUACCUUCGACCAAUACGUCAAUGGAUGCAGAAUGGGGACAUUCUAGCAGGCGAUAGAACAUUUUUCAUUGCCGAGGUGCAACCUGGCUUACCAUUAAGUCAAAUAUGGGAAGGUCAAUUUGCCCUACGCAAGUCGGUAUCUGGCGUCUUGCAUGCCCCAGACUUCCUUCAACCAACUGCCGAGAAGAUCUUCAGAACGGGAAAGAGCGUUGUACUGCUGAAGCACCUUGGCAUAUACGUUAUGGAUGAUGCACCCAAUACAGUCACGGAACCCCUCGUCGACUUCGAGGGUCUCGUGGCAACUAGCAUUGGUACAUUUACUCCCUUUCCUGAGCUGUUCAACUCUGUUUUCGAAGCAUGGAUGCAAAGUAAACACCAUUCAGCAUCUACUAGACUCCGACAAGUGCUGUUUGAUCGUUACGGAUUAUGGUCUAGCCUUUCAGAUAUUCACCACAUCUAUCUCAUGGCAGACGGGUCACGUAUGGAUGAAUUUUCCCACGCCCUUUUCAGUAAUCUUGAUCUUCUCAACGUCAACUGGCACGAUCGUUUCCUUCUGACGCAGUCUUUCCAAGACGCUUUUGGACCUGUGGUAGCCGCUCAUUGCGUUGUCAUUUCCGCAGUUGGUAAAGACGAAGAAGAUAUCACAUUGGCGCGCACAUCCGUUCGGAAAUGUCUUCCCAUGGUGACAGUGAACUACCGGAUGCCCUGGCCCAUCCGCAUCAUUGUGUCCGAUGAAAGCAUGGCACAUUAUCAAGCUGUAUUUACACUACUUCUCCAGCUCAACCGCGCCAGCCAAAUGAUACAGAAACGACGACUCAUAAUAGACGGCCUCUACGACCUUACAAGCGGCGAGGCACUAUACUACGGCCUACGCUCGAGGCUCUUAUGGUUCCUUACCUCCUUAAAGUCAUACGUGUCGACCCUGGUAAUCGCGCCGCUCGUCACACAGCUUCGAGAGGGUAUGCGCAUAUCGGAGGAUGUUGACGCAAUGGCACUGGUGCAUUCGACGUUCGUAAAGCGCAUACGGGAUGCUGCGUGUCUCGGUAGCAAGCUUGACCCCAUCCGAGAGUCGAUGCUCGAGAUCAUGGACCUUGCCAUACGACUUGAAGACGCGCGUCAUGCGGAAGCUGUGCGCCACAAAGAAACUCAAGAAAUCUCCCGGUUGUCUGUGUCCGCACCACUCGGAACUUCAAAAGGGAUGUCUGAAAGAUACACAAGUGUUAGUGACGAGGAGGAUCACUCUUUUCUAGAAGAGCGAGAAAAAUAUGUUCCUGCUCCCGUGAAUGUCAUGUACGAAGAUACGCUCUCAGAAAUUCAAAGACACUUCGAUAGACAGCUGAGGUUCAUUUGUGGGGGGCUGCGAGGAGCCGCGAGAGCAAGCAAGGAUGUUGUUGCCGGUCACUGGGAUAUGCUAGCAGAAAUUCUAGAGGUUGGUGUGGAACAGAGUUCUUGGUGA